AUGGCGAAGGAAGCUUGGGAAAGCAUCAAAAUCCGGUUUCUUGGUGUGGAUAGGGUGAAGAAGGCUAGAGUGCAAACACUAAAAAGCGAGUUUGAAGCCCUAAGGAUGAAGGAAACUGAUUCUAUAGACGAGUUCGCAGGGAAACUCAGCAGCUUGGCAUAUAGGUUCAAUGAGCUUGGAACAGCCAUGGAGGAUGCUACACUUGUGAAGAAGCUUUUUGGGUCAGUUCCGAAUAAAUUCCUACAAGUUGUGGCCUCAAUCGAGCAGCUCAUUGAUGUCGAUACCAUGCCAUUCGAAGAGGCCAUAGGGCGACUGAAAGCUUACGAGGAGCGGAUAAGGAAGGAAGAGACUCAAGGAGAUCGAUUGUUACUUACCCAUGAAGAGUGGAGUGCACGAGCAAGAAGAAGUGACGAGGAGGCAUGGAAGCGUAACAGCGAGAAUAUUGAGAUGCGGAGCUGGGGAAGAGGAAGGAGUAGAGGUCAUGCACGUGGUAGACGGGGUCGUGGGAUUCCUAGCACCGUACACCAGGAGGGAAGUAGCCGCGGGAGCAGAGACAAGAAGCACAUCAAAUGCUUCAACUGUGAUAAACUAGGACAUUAUGCUUCUGAAUGCUGGAACGAGAGACGAGGCGAGGAGGUGAAUCUUGUGCAUGAUGAAGAAUCUGCUCUUAUGCUAACCGUAGCACAAGGAGAAAUACAGAGUCGGGAGAAGAACCAGGAUGUGGUGAUGUUGAACGAAGAGGAGGUGAUUCCCGAACUACAUAGCACCGAGAUGGAACAACUCCAUACUCAUACUUGGUACUUGGACAAUGGAGCCAGCAACCGUAUGUCGGGAGACCGGGGGAAGUUCCAAAGGCUAGAUGAAAGUAUUACGGGUAUGGUGAAGUUUGGAGAUGGAUCCACUAUAGAUAUAAUGGGAAAGGGCUCUGUCUUACUUAAAUGUAAAAAUGGUGAUCAUCGGGUCUUACAGGAGGUGUAUUAUAUACCGAGACUUCGCAGUAACAUCAUUAGUCUCGGCCAAAUGACCGAGGAUGGUAAUGAAGUAGAGAUGACGGGAGAGUAUCUAAAAGUUUAUGAUGAAAGUGGAGCACUGUUGAUGUCUGUGAGACGAUCACCGAACGGGCUGUACAAAAUCCAACUUGAAACGUGUGAUGAAACCUAUCUCAUGGCGAGCUUUGAUAAUCCGGCGUGGCUUUGGCAUGCAAGGCUUGGGCACAUCAAUUUUCAUACACUGAAAUUGAUUGGAGAAAAAUGA